AUGCACGACGUGGAGGAGUGGGAUCGACUCUUUAGCAUUCAGGAACGAGUUGGGAUUGGAAAGGCCCUGGGCAUGAUUCGUGCUCAGACCCAGGGACCUGCGUUUCGGUAUCUAUCCGAGCAAGACGAUUUUUCGGAGGAGCAUGUCUUCAAUCUUGAGAGGAUGAAAGCAGAGGCGAGCAGUGCUGAUGAAAUCUUUCCUGAGACCGCCAGAAGGAUUUGCGUGAAGCCAAGUUGA